CCGGGGCUGUGGAGUGGGUGACGAGGAGCGACCAGAACCACUAGGAAAAAUUAAAAGGAGCGACAAAAUGCACGGGCAGUAAUUGUCAGUCGUCUGCUUUCACGUCUCGAGGCUCUUCCGUCUUCGGGACCCCCGGAGAGAGCUUCAGGUUGAGGCCAUGACGGCUGCCUGUCAUUCCAGGCUGUGUGGUUUUUAGGGAUGGCUUCCUCGGCUAGCUUGCCCAGCUAACAGUUAGCCUCACUGGGUUCCAGUGUGGAAGAGAUAGCAGCAACAGCUCUGCACUCCUGCUCUCAUUUGGAAUACUCCCGGGAUCGUUGUUCUCCGAGGACCGUGAGACAGUGAGCCAAGCUGUCUGGAUGGACAGUUUGACGGCGAUUAAUUGUCGCAACUUGGGCGUUUUUUCCAGGGUAGGUUUUUCUGGGCGGCUAGGCUCGCACUCGGCCAGGCGACCAGGAGAAGGGAUUGUACAGAUGUGGCCGUGGCAGCCUGUUGUGUCCCACCGUCUCUGCGCCUGAAGUUGGUAGUUUUUUGUUUUGUUUUGUUUUGUUUUUUAAAUAUAUACACAUGUUUUUCAUCAGGGAAAAUUGCUAAAAGUGUCUAUAAAACAUUUGCGAGUUUAUUUGGUGGUUUAGCGCGCCAGCAUCCAGCUAGUUUUCCAGCCUAGCUUCUGAGAAAUUCACGCGUCCAAACUAAAACCAGCGCAAUUUGGAGAGUGCAUCUAAUUAAAAUGUGCUAAUUGCACGUCUGGAGCCAUCUAAUGUGGACAUGUUGCACUGCAGAUUUUCUGUAAACCUCUCAUUGUCCUCGUAGUUUGUUUGUUUGUUUGUUUGUUUUUUAACCGAGACAAAGCUGUCAAAUAUUGAACCUUUGACGGCAAAGGAGGCCAGAUUCUGCACAAAAGCAGCAAGACCGUCACCAACUCCUGCACUCUGAUACUCUCGGCGGUGGUGCAGCCCGGCGCUUCUGGUCAGACGGACUUUCCUUCCACCCUCCCACCCCCCACCAGCUCAUGCGGUGAUGACUUUGGAGCCCACGAUGGCUUGUUGCCUGAGCGAGGAGGCGAAGGAGUCCAAGCGGAUCAACGCUGAGAUCGAGAAGCAACUCCGGCGAGAUAAGAGAGACGCACGAAGGGAGCUGAAGCUGCUGCUCUUAGGGACAGGUGAAAGUGGCAAGAGCACGUUCAUCAAACAGAUGAGGAUAAUUCAUGGGACGGGCUACUCAGAUGAAGACAAAAAGAGCUACACCAAACUGGUCUAUCAGAACAUCUUCACCUCCAUGCAGGCCAUGAUCCGUGCCACUGAGACCCUCAAGAUCCCCUUGGAGAAUGAAGAGAACAAGCAUAACGCGUUUCUGGUGCGAGAUGUGGACGUGGAAAAGGUGUCGACGUUUGAAGAGCCGUUCAUCACUGCGAUAACGAUGCUUUGGAAGGAUCCCGGGAUCCAGGAGGCUUACGAUCGUAGGAGAGAGUACCAGCUCUCCGAUUCAACCAAAUACUAUCUAAGUGAUCUGGGUCGUAUCUCCGAUGCGUCCUAUCUACCAACCCAACAGGAUGUACUUAGGGUUCGAGUCCCAACCACUGGGAUUAUAGAAUACCCUUUCGACUUGCAAAGCAUCAUUUUCAGGAUGGUGGAUGUUGGGGGUCAGAGGUCAGAGAGGAGGAAGUGGAUCCAUUGCUUUGAGAAUGUCACCUCUAUCAUGUUUCUGGUGGCGCUCAGCGAGUAUGACCAGGUUCUGGUGGAGUCUGACAAUGAGAACCGUAUGGAGGAGAGCAAAGCCCUGUUCAGGACCAUCAUCACAUAUCCCUGGUUCCAGAACUCCUCUGUAAUUCUGUUCCUCAACAAGAAAGACCUGCUGGAGGAGAAAAUCAUGUUCUCUCACCUGGUCGACUAUUUUCCAGAGUUUGAUGGUGCUCAGCGGGACGCUCAGGCAGGUCGAGAGUUCAUCCUGAAGAUGUUUGUGGAUUUGAACCCAGAUAGUGACAAGAUAAUCUACUCUCACUUCACGUGUGCCACCGACACAGAGAACAUCCGCUUCGUCUUCGCAGCUGUCAAAGACACCAUCUUGCAGCUCAAUCUCAAAGAGUACAACUUGGUGUGAAGGGAGGGUCCGCUAGUGAGAUGCUGGCCUCUCGAGACACACUUGGUGCAGGAAUUACCCUCCAGAGACGGACACCUGCAUGAAACACACUGCUGCACAAAGAGACGAGCAACGCUUCAUUCUUUACCAGACCAACGCUUAUCCCUUUUUGCUCCUUCUCUUCAUGCGGCUGUUUGGUUUGUUGACAGUUUAAAGACUUUUCUGUUUUGUGGUUUUUACUAACUGCUGGUCUUGCACAGUCACAAAUUUAAAUAGAACACUUUUGUCCUCUUUUUGGAUGCCUCUUGGCUCUCUGUUUGGCUCACUUUUUUUCUACACUACAUUAUUAUUUGUCUUUUAGCGUUGGAGGUAGGCAGGAGUGGGAGGGGGCAUCUCUGGGUAGAACAAUCCUUUGUGGACAAAGGGCUCUCUCAUGCAUGCUAUAGACUACAGCAUGGGUUUGUGACACCAGGCUGCAGAUUACUGGACUCUGCUUAUCUGCGAAGGAUGACUAAUUUAGGCAAUGCUGAGGUGCAGUCAGGUACUUAGUUCCCUGGAACUCCAAUUGCUUUUUUUUUUUCUUUCUUUCUUAAUCACCCUGAUUUCCAGCAGAGCAGAUACGCUCUAAUUGAAUGUAAAUAAGGUUUUGAUGCUGGCCACGCAGAGUGAGGGCUGUUACAAAGAUGACAAAUGUUCUCUCUUCACUUUAAAUAUAUUCAGAAAUGUUAACUUCUUGAGCCUAUUAUUUCUGCUAUUGUCUGUUAAUUAUGCUGAAGAUGACUACUCAAAGGAGUACAUAAGAAAAAGUUGCAAUUUAACUAUCAAUUCUGCAAAUGGUCAGUGAUAACAUGAGUGGUAUUUAUUACUGUUGUUGGAGUUUUCACAUUGCCAAAUUCAAACUAGCUGGGGUUGAUAAUUAAAAAUAUAUAUAUAACUUUGUCACCAGGACAAUGUCCAUUCUUUAAAUGUUACAUAUUGAGAAAAGAGAUUAAGGAUCUGAAGUCAGAAUCAAUUGGGUCAGAUUUCCAUGUUUCUCAGUGGGAUUUUUUAAAUGUCAAAGUUUGAAUUGCUCAUGUAAUUAAAAUCAUGUUUUCUUUUUUUCCCCAUUUUAAAUGCAAUUGGCUAUUCCUGAUCACUACCAUGGUAAGAUGUCAGGAAACUACAGCUUUUAGGUUGCUGAUUUAAGCUUCCGUUAGUCCUGAACAUUCAUGGGGCUUUUUUUUUUGCCAAAAUAAACACACAGUAAUCAAAUAGAAUAUUUUUUUUUAUUAUUUAUCACAGCUCUGUUGACUCAGUAUUCCAAAUCUUAUUUCAGAUCAUUUUUUUUCCAGCUUUGUUAAUGGAAAAAAAAUUUAUACUGCUGUAAAAUAUCCAAACUAUUUUAUGGACAAGUGUUCUAUCUUUCUGAUGAUGCAUCAUGGUUAGUUUUUGCGGGUCUGUUUUGACAUAAUUGCUGAUUGGGGAAAAUAGUGUUUCCAUGUCAGGUUUGUGCUUCAUGCAAAUCAAAACAGACAAAAAAAGAAAACUUUAUGGUUAAAUAUUUGCUGUUUUAAAGAUUCUUGCGGAUUUUUGGGAACAUUUGUAAGGAAGGCCGUUGGCUAUUGGUACAAAUCCCAUAUCACGUGUUUUUUCCGGGUAGCUGUUGAAAUACUUCUCUAAGAUUUGUGAUUGCUAUUUUUGUCUUCACAAUGUAAUUCAGGUGAGUUUUCAUAACUUUUUCAUCAUAAGGGCUACUCCUAGCAGAUCUGAUUGAGCUGAAAAGACUAUAGAAGACAAAAAGAGCCAAAGGUGCAAUUGAUGACCGGGGUGAGUUGGGGUUUUGGCCAGCUGAACUGAGUUGGAUGAGAGUUCAGGGAGGAGGAAUGAUGACGCUCCUGUAGGAAGUCUGGCCACAGUCCACUUGUUUCAUUUUUUAUUUUAAAUGUAAAGAGGAGUGUCCUGAAUGUCCAAUUGGUGUCCUACCUGUUGGACUGUGCCGUCCAGUAAUUCUGAUAGGAUUCCACAAAGGGUUUUUUGACCGUAAUUGUUUUCCAUAACGUGCAUUUGCCUUUACAUCUGCAGUAUUUCCAUGUAUGACUUUUAACUUUGACCCCUUGUCUGAAGGGCUAAGAUAAUUUGAUCCUCACACUGUUUAGAAACACAAAGAACUGGGAGGGUCUUAUGAAAGAACGAUUUAGAUUUUCUCAUCUUUUAUUGUUGAGCGGUUGGAACCGUCAUGAAGUGAAGUGUUCUGUGCUUUGCUUUGGGUUUUUUUCCAACCAAUUUAUGUUGUGAAAUACUCAAGGGAUUAACAUUUUGGCUAAUUUUCUAGAUUUCUACACAGUCUUGAAGAGAGAUCGAUUUGAUUUAAUCAUUAUACAAGUUUGGAAAACGGUCAAAUAAAAAACCUCAGAAAGACUGUAGAAUAAAGGUGAUGUACAUUUCAAAACUUUCUUAUUCUGACAUCAAAAGGAAAACUGCUCUGAAUAUCUGACAAAUUGAGGGCUGUUCAAUGUCAGAUUUAAGGUCUAUGUAGCACAUUUUUAAAAUAACUUUUAAGAUUAGUUACUCUGGCUCUAGAGUCAAGUUAAAACAAGCUUAAACAACUUACAGGAAGUGCUUUGCACUUCAGAUGUCUGGAAUGUCAUCAAAGCUGCUGGAAAAAUAAGGAAUUUCAAAGUAGUUUGGAAAUUGUUAAUGAAAAACCCUGAGUGCCACAUCCCUCUCCCUCACUUUUUUUAAAAAGAUUGUUUCGGAGCUAAAAGUAUUUCUUUAGCUCUAGAUAUUUUCAUGCUUGAUGCUUAAAAAAAAUAAGAAAAAAAAAAGCAGCAAAUUAAUCAUGUUCAUAAAGUUUGUUUCGAAGUCGCAAGUUAAUUUGGUGAAUGACUAACAUAACUACACAGCAGACUUUUGCAUUGUUUGGAAAAAACAGUAUGUCCCCCUCUGGGUGAUAAUGAUUUUGGAGAUUGUCGUCCAUGGCUUUCAGGAAGCAUGCUGAUCUCCCAAAUUUCAGCUUACCACCCUAAAACAAUGUGUGCAGCUUUUCCUCCAUUUGAUCAGUUGUCUUCACGCACACUUGGUGGGACUCUGUAAAGAUUAAAUUGUCGACUGUCAGAUUUCCAACUAGACUUCAAAAGGGGCCAGCAGUGAAAGUAACAUGGCAAUGACACAGUUAUCGGAACAGCUGGGUUACUCCUUUUGAAUCCUUUCACACAGAUUGCUACUUUGCUUUGUUCUACAUGUGAAACAUUUUCAGAAGUUGUUUAGUUCACGAUCCAAUACAAAGACGGUGCCAAAAACAGACAUCAAAAAUGAUUUUGAAUCUGACCCAACACUGGUACAUUUUACUAAUGCAUUUCUUGAAAGAUUACGUUUUUCCCCCCAGAAGAAGCCUCAGUAUUGGUCUAUUUAUUAAAGUGCUUGCCACGUAAAGGUACUGAACAGGUCCAAUAGUGGUCAGAGCAGUGAAUGAAGAGGAGGAUGAUUCUGCUGAGUGUUUACAUUCACCGUUUUCCCACCCUCCUUUUUUUUUUAUUUGAUUGGACUGUGGACUGUCCUGCCACAUUGAAGCUACAACACUGCAGUGGGCUUGCAUUUGUUAACGUAGAUGUCCAUUCAAGCAUUGUUGGUACUUUGAGGUGUGUGUGUGUGCAUACACAAUUGUUUAAGCUUGAGCUCCAUCCUGGUCGGAGGAUUGGACGUACAGUGAUUAUUAUUAAAAGCUAUCUUUGCUUCUUGUUCAGUUUUCUUUUAUAAGGUUUACACACCUUAAAACGUGGACCACUUUAAAUUACUUUUUAUUUGUUGUUAAAUCAACAGUUAAGUUUGUGUAGUGGUGUACAAAUUGAAAGUAAUGCUUUUUUUUUUUUCUUAAGUAUACCAAAUGUAAAUUCUGUACAAUGUGUGCCAAUCCCCUUUCUUUGUAAAGCCAGACUUAUCAAGUGCCGAUGUUGUGAAAAAUCAGAGGGCCUGUAUAGUUCCACGGCCCACUUUUUAAAGCAAACACUAAGUAUAUGAUUGAUUAACGAGAAAAAAGUACACUAUUAUAUAUUUAAGAUUAAUGAUGAACUGCUGUUUUUAAGAUGCGUGUCAAUUGAUUUGCAUGUCUUGUGUCAGGUUGGGGGAGGAUUUGGGUGGGUGACAAACUGUUCUUGCGUCACCCUUAAGAGAAGGGUGGAAAUGGUUAUUAAUUUACAGUAUUUUAGCCAUAUUUCUCUUUUUGUAUGUUUCAUUUCAGCCAUUGUUGCCUGAACCUCAUUCAAACAUGAAAAAUGAUGAUUUUUACAUAGCCUUCUCCUUUUAAAUGUUUUCAAUUGGAAUAAACUAUGUUCCUAUACUCUC